AGUCUAACUGGGAAGGUGACUGUUCGUCAUCUCAAACUUCUGUUCAGUCAUGGGACACUCUCAAUCUAAAUCCCCAGAUAUGGGACGAUCACAGUCCAAGCCUGAACCCCCAGUUUUUGAAAAACCAUGGAGGAGAAUAGAGUGGGGGAAAAUCUCAGAGGAUCUGGAAUUUGUGAGAAACUACAAACCAGAGUUUGAGGGUCAGAAGCUCCGGAUUCUUCUUCAUGGACCAGAAGCCGCUGGAAAGUCCAGUUUCAUCAACUCAGUCCAGAGUGUCCUAAAGGGCCGAAUUUACUCACAGGCUUUGGCAGAUAACUGCUCAUGCUCAAGUUUUACUAAAGAGUACACAACCUAUAAAAUCGUAAGAGAGGACAGGUCAUUCUGCCCGUUUGUCUUCUGUGACAUCAUGGGUCUGAGUGAAAGAGGAGGAGUCCUGGAGGAAGACAUCAAACUGGCUUUAAAGGGACAUGUAAAGGAAGGUUACAAGUUCAAUCCUGCAUCACAGUUACCUGAGAGUCAUGAAUCCUAUCAGAAAAAUCCAACACCCAAUGACACAGUUCAUGUUCUUGUCUGCAUAAUUCCUGCAGACAACUUAGAUCUGAUGUCUGAUGAAGUUGUGGGGAAAAUAAGGAGGAUCAGAGAGGACGCCAGGGACCACUACAUUUCUCAGAUUGCUAUUCUCACCAAAAUUGAUCAGGUCUGUCCCGAACUAAAAGAAGAUUUAAAGAAGGUCUACAUACUUCCACACUUGAAGAGAAAGAUUGAAAAAUUCAGUGCUACUGUGGGUAUUCCCAUGAGCAACAUCUUCCCUGUGAAGAACUACCACGAAGAAAUCGACCUGGACGAUGACAUAAACGCACUGAUCCUCAGCGCCAUGAAGCACAUCAUCAACUCUGGAGACGACUGCAUCAACUUCCACCACAAUCGGUUUGAAUCUUCAUGAAACAUGUUUGUUUUAAUUCACCAUUUGUCUUGACUCAAUGUGUGGCAAACGUGUUUGACCAUAACAUUUAUAUUUCAGUAUCAGUCUUUGUUAUUGAAGUGUUUGCAGCAUUGGCAUUUAUAUAUAUACAUAUAUCUUUUAUAAACAAAAAAAGCUUAUUAAGCUUAUUAAUCAAGUACUUUAAAUUUAGUUAACUUCCAUGAGUUACCCUCUGUUGUAUUGUAUUUUAGAUUAGUAGUCAAAUAUUUACAAAUAAUCAAAACCCUUACACUGUAAAAUGUUACCAAUUACACAACAUAUAUGGAUAUUAAUGUAUUUAAUCACAAUAAAUCUGCUUUAAGCCUUCGGA